UUGGGGAGCUGGUGGGCGGGGCCUGCGGGGUUGGCGGAGGGGCAUGAGCGAGUUUGCGUUGGUCCCGGGUGGACUAGUAAUGGGGGAGGGCUUAGGGAUAGAGUGCAGGGCGUCGCCGAGACCCUGAGAUUUGAAGAUAACGUUGGGGGCACGCCCAUUAACCAAGUCUGUAGGGAUGAGGAUUUUGACCUGGGUUCAAACCCCGGGUCAAGGUCGUUGAUUUAUUCUCAUUUGACGUUGCCAUGAAACAGGACUGUUUGCCUUCCCUUCUCCCAGGUUUUGUCUUCGCUCUCUGUUUGGAAGAGAGGCUGUGUGGCAUCCUUUUCUCCCAGUUGGCGUUCAGGAGGGCCCUCUAAUGCGCCAAUAGGGUAGCAACGUGUCCUCUAGGGAGGAUGGAAGACGGCGCUUCUCUCCAGUUCAGAGUAUUGUCAGUUGUGUCUUUAUCACCUGGAAAGAAUUGACUGGCUUGUAGAUUGAAGUCCAAGGUCUUUAAGGAUGUAUGCUGCCACCGUGCCUGCCCCAUUUGGCAGUGGCCUCCUGUGUGCUGCGCUGGUGUAGAUGGUGGAAGUGUGACUCUGCUGAGUGGCAGGCCUCUUGGAGUCUCCAAGUCAUCAUGAAUGCCAUCGUGGCUCUCUGCCACUUCUGCGAGCUCCACGGCCCCCGCACUCUCUUCUGCACGGAGGUCCUGCACGCCCCUCUUCCCCAAGGGGCUGGGAAUGAGGACAGCCCCGGCCAGGGCGAGCAGGCGGAGGAAGAGGAAGGUGGCAUUCAGAUGAGCAGCCGGAUGCGCGCCCACAGCCCUGCUGAGGGGGCCAGUGUCGAUUCCAGCAGCCCGGGGCCCAAAAAGUCAGACAUGUGUGAGGGCUGCCGGUCACUUGCUGCAGGGCACCCGGGGUAUAUCAGCCACGAUAAAGAGACCUCCAUCAAAUACGUCAGCCACCAGCACCCCAGCCACCCCCAGCUCUUCAGCAUUGUCCGCCAGGCCUGUGUCCGGAGCCUGAGCUGUGAGGUCUGCCCUGGCCGCGAAGGCCCCAUCUUCUUCGGAGAUGAGCAGCAUGGCUUUGUGUUCAGCCAUACUUUCUUCAUCAAGGACAGCCUGGCCAGGGGCUUCCAGCGCUGGUACAGCGUCAUCACCAUCAUGAUGGACCGGAUCUACCUCAUCAACUCCUGGCCCUUCCUGCUGGGGAAGGUCCGGGGAAUCAUCGACGAGCUCCAGGGCAAGGCGCUCAAGGUGUUUGAGGCAGAGCAGUUUGGAUGCCCACAGCGUGCGCAGAGGAUGAACACAGCCUUCACACCAUUCCUGCACCAGAGGAACGGCAAUGCCGCCCGCUCGCUGACGUCGCUGACAAGUGAUGACAACUUGUGGGCGUGCCUGCACACCUCCUUUGCCUGGCUCCUGAAGGCAUGUGGCAGCCGGCUGACCGAGAAGCUCCUGGAAGGUGCCCCCACUGAGGACACGUUGGUCCAGAUGGAGAAGCUCGCAGAUUUAGAAGAGGAAUCAGAAACCUGGGACAACUCUGAGGCUGAAGAGGAGGAGAAAGCCCCUGUGUUGCCGGAGGGUGCAGAAGGGCGGGAGCUGACCCAGGGCCUGGCAGAGUCCUCCUCUCUUGCAGGCUGUGGGAGCUGGCAGCCCCGGAAGCUGCCAGUCUUCAAGUCCCUCCGGCACAUGAGGCAGGUCCUGGGAGCCCCGUCUUUCCGCAUGCUGGCCUGGCACGUUCUCAUGGGGAACCAGGUGAUCUGGAAAAGCAGAGACGUGGACCUCGUGCAGUCAGCCUUUGAAGUGCUUCGGACCAUGCUGCCCGUGGGCUGCGUCCGCAUCAUCCCGUACAGCAGCCAGUACGAGGAGGCCUAUCGGUGCAACUUCCUGGGGCUCAGCCCGCACGUGCAGAUCCCCCCCCACGUGCUCUCCUCAGAGUUUGCUGUCAUCGUGGAGGUCCAUGCGGCUGCACGCUCCAGCCUCCACCCUGUAGGGUGUGAGGACGACCAGUCUCUCAGCAAGUACGAGUUUGUGGUGACCAGUGGGAGCCCUGUAGCUGCAGACCGAGUCGGCCCCACCAUCCUGAAUAAGAUUGAGGCCGCCCUGACCAACCAGAACCUGUCUGUGGAUGUGGUGGACCAGUGCCUCGUCUGCCUCAAGGAGGAGUGGAUGAACAAAGUGAAGGUGCUUUUUAAGUUCACCAAGGUGGACAGUCGGCCUAAAGAGGACACGCAGAAGCUGCUGAGCAUCCUGGGCGCCUCCGAGGAGGACAACGUCAAGCUUCUGAAGUUCUGGAUGACUGGCCUGAGCAAGACCUACAAGUCACACCUCAUGUCCACGGUCCGCAGUCCCACGGCCUCGGAGUCUCGGAGCUGACCUGCCACACACAGCCGCCUGAAGAUGGGGGUGGCUGUCCACAGGCCCCUCCAGCCACGCACGAGGGACUGUCACGUGUUUCUGAUUUGCUGGAAGGAGCUGUGUCCCAGCAAGGAAUGGAAACUUGGGGCUGGGCUCGGCCCUCUGUCGGGUUUGGGGCCUGUGUGCUUCCCACACCCUUCCUUAAGCCACUGGAAUCGCUGAAGAGGCACUGAAAGGCGUGGGGAUGUUGGGCUCCCUUUCUUGGAAUCCCUCGGAGAGAUGCCUAGGACAGCUUACCCCUCAGGCCCCUUGUGGUCUUAGAUUUCAAAACCCGACGGAGAAACAGGUCGGGUUGGUCCGACUCCGUAUGCAGGCACAAUGACAUAUCCGCUCUCGAGGUUAACAUUCAAGCCUUUCCAUUUGAAGUUCAGCACGUGUUUCUGGGCCUCGUGUUUGAGUGUACAUUUUGCUGCAGUUGUGAAUAUUCAGUACAUUGCCAGUCCUUGGUCACCGAGUCGUCGUUUUUUGAGUCAGGGCUCUGCAGGAGACUGAGGAGUGAAGUGGAGCUGUUCCUCAUCUUCAAGUCCCCACAGAUGUGUGUUCUGAAGUCAUGGGGCUCAUCAUCUGGGGUGUUCCCCCUCAGGUGCUUGUGAAGGUGUGGGUUAUUGCACGUAUGCCUGCCGUGAACCUGCCGUGAACACUGAUGUACACAUGCUUGUGUGAAUGGAUCCAUCCUUUCUCCUGGGAGUGGGAUACCUGGAUCAUAUGGAAGGUCCCUCCCCAGCCCGAGGGGACAGUGAAGGUGUCCACAUUUCCCGAACAGCUCUGCUGUGCUCCACACGAGGAAAGCCGGGGUUGCUGAGGCUUCCGGGUCCGCGGGCGGUCUCUGGCCUGGGCAGGUGACCUGCACUGAGGCUCUGCUGAGGGCGCGGGGCGAGGCGCCCGCCGGGGAGCAGGCCGC